CGUGGGCGGGGCUAAACGCGUUGGGCUCCGCCCACAGAACGUGAUUCCAUUUCUUCUUCUUCGCUGCAGUCAGAUUGUCCAUGUGCAGCGACACAACACGGAACUGCAAGAUGGAGAGACACGUUACAGUCUUAUUGGGCAAUGAAAAACCAACGCCGAAAACCCUAAACGGUUCUUCCCACUGUCCGUUCUGCCGCUACAAGGGCGCAGAGCAUGCUGUGAGACACCACAUGGAAAACCAUUCGUCCGUCAAACACAAAGGAUUCACAGUCAUCAAGUGUGGUUUAGGUUGCCGGACUGCGUCACACUUUCACUGUUGCCAUUGUCCGGCAACAUUGGUCAACAGGUCACAGUUUUUCAAACAUUUGGGAGCGCACCACGUAGGAAAUCCUCCAUGGCUGCUAGAGGUCAAACCAGAGCCCCCACCGCAGCUCCCACUGGCCCCACCACAACUCCCAGAGCCCUCAUCGCAGCCCCCACUGGCCCCACCACAGCUCCCAGAGCCUUCAUCGCAGCCCCCACUGGCCCCACCACAACUCCCAGAGCCCUCAUCGCAGCCCCCACUGGCCCCACCACAACUCCCAGAGCCCUCAUCGCAGCCCCCACUGGCCCCAUCACAGCUCCCGCUGGCCCCACCGCAGAUCCCACUGUCCCUAUCACAGCUCCCAGACCCCUCCUCGCAGUCCCCGCUGGCCCCAUCGCAGUCCCCGCUGGCCCCAUCGCAGCUCCCAGAGCCCCCAUCGCAGUCCCCACUGUCCCCACCUCAGCCCCCAUUGCAGCAACCAGCACAGCUUCUAUGGCAGCAAACCCCGGCCCCACCACAUCCCUCAGAGCGCCCCCAGCAGCAAAAAAACCCAAAGGAAAUGUGUCGGACGCAGACAAUUCUUUGUCAUCUCUGCGGUUUGAAUUUAAAAAAAAAAAACUUCAAAACACACUGCAAGAGGAAGCACAAGCAGUAUUUUGAGACAGUUUCCAUGGAAAGAUUUCUAUCCAGCCAGUGUGUGGAUGAAAAAAAUGGCGUGUUUGCUGUUCAGGAAUCCUUCUGUGGUUCAGCAAAGCCUGUGCAUGUUGUGAAGAAAUUCUGGGGGGCGAGUCCCGUCACUGUGUGUGAGGUGGACCAGUGCCGGCUCAACGGGGACUUUGCCCACACAAGUGGGAUGCCGCCCUACGAAUGCCACCACGUCAGAUCUCUACUGUACUGCCCACGAGCCGACAACCAGCAUGUCACUCUAUCUGAGGAGGCAUUGGAGACGAUGGUAGAGCAGAAAUGGUUUGGGGAAGAGCAGAAGGCCAGUCUGUUGCAAUGUAAAAGGAAGGCAGAUGCGGAGGAGGUGCCCCUUUCUGUGCAGCUGACUGUGGGCGGCCCACCAUCCAAAAUCCAUAUCUCUGUCUAUGAGCCAGAAAUCACAUGUGAUAGUCGUGUGGGCCGAUUGAUAGUUGCGUAUGACAGAAAACAGAACAGCUGGCAUUGUUCGUGCUCAAUAGUAACACAGUCCUGCAACCAUAAAGCCAUUGCGAAGUGGCACCUCUUUGUCACAAAUGGGGAGUUGUUUCAGAAAGCGUCGGUUACGGAAGCUGAGUCACCUGACCCGCCCCAGGACGCCGGAGAAGAUUCAAGCCCCCGCACAUUCAGUUGCCCUCCAUAUGACGAGUCCACUCUCAAAAUGCUGAACUACCUUUUGAAGUACAAAAAGCUUCCAGGAGAACUCCCCAAGGCUCUCAUUGAGCAGUCCAAAAAUGGGAGAACACAGGACAGCUUUCCGAAAUGCCUAAUCCCAGCAGAAACGACAUGUGUGGAGUGUGAGUACCCACUUGGUGGGCAACAAAUAAUAACCUCCGAAGCCAGGAUCCUGACCAGCACAGGUGUGGUUGAAGGCAUAUCAACAUACAGGAAGUCAUGCCUCAAGUGUGGCAUGAUAUAUCGAUACCAGGAGUGGGAGGACGGCGUCCACAAUUUUGACGACCAUCUCAUCUUGUCUCUGCACCUGUGCCUCGUGAUAAGAAAUGCUUUACAGACGCACACGGCCGUCAGUGAAGUCAUAGACGUCAUCCAGACCACAGACAGGCUGUCCUUUCCCAACACAGAGAGGAUACUUCAGGCAUAUCUUCACUUCGAGGCCCUCACUAAACACGACUACACGUUCGCGUGCGUAUCAUGUGGGUACAGUCCAGCUGUCGUUGUAAUGGAUCUUCACAAAAAAGGUGUCUUGGGUGUUCCAGUGAGUGAAAUCCAAAUCCAAACCCCAGAUGAGUAUGACUUCUGGAAUGCUGUGGCCAGAGAGAUGCUAAGUCGUGGUUUUAACCCAGUUGGUAGGAAGAACCCUUUCGUUGGGCCCCCAAGCCAUCAUCACUGGUCAGCAUGGACCGGCCCACACACCGGACAGUCAAAUUCAGUCUUGAACAAUAAAUAAGAAAAAAUAAAAUGGGGCCAAAAGAAGAGAAAGAGGAACUUUUGAACUUAACGGUGCAGGAAGUGAGGGCGUGUUGUAAAAGAUGGCUGAGCUGUAGUCACUUGUCCAUGUGGAGUUGUGUUUCAAAAUAAAGUUCAACCUUAGAGCGGAGAGUCCACGGGAUUUUGUCGACGUAUUGCUGUCGUGGAAGCCCUUCCCUAAUGUUGCGGUGUAUGACUGUGCACGGGGACUGGUAUUGCGUGCUAACCGCAGGCAGCAGCCAGGAGUCCUUGGACCUUUUCUUGGAUUCAACACCACAGAUCAUCCAGCAGGUCUCAGAGGCCCAGGUCGUUGUAAACACGCCGUGGCCGAGAAGUUCCAAGAUGCCAGCUGACGAAGCAAGUCGCCCACUCGCUGGAUCCUCUCAGCAUCCGGCCUGAAAUGACGUGAUCCAUCAACAGCAACGACGGAACAGGCGUUCCAAGAAUCGUGUUAACGGCCAGCGUGAGGAGUUGCUGUUCUCCGGAACGGGGAUACGUGCCUUCAGACGAGACUGCAGGAAAGCAGAGAGGAUAUUGAAGGACAGACUCCCCAAUAUCCCACAAUCCUCUUAGGGAUAAACUCUACAUCUAUAAGAAGCUGUCGCCAAAGCUAGAACAUUUUAUGCUGAAAUGAUCACUUCUGCCUAGGGCGGUCAUUGAAUCAGUUUUAAUACUUUGGGAUCUUUGUUGGACUGUGGGACAUUGAAGCUCGACAGAGUCUAAAGCAGCAGAGAUGCUCACCAUUUGGUUAUGGGAGAGAAGAUACAAACUCCACUCUGCUGCUCAUCCCACAAAUAUGGUUUGAGCAAAUGUAGCUACACUUGAAAGUAAUGAGGAGUCUCCCAUAGCAGGGGUCUGCAACCCCAGACUCCAUUGUGGUUCUCUGUCUUUAAAGGAAAAUGUUCUUAGUUUGAACUAAUGAGGAGUUUGUAGGUUGGGUUUGCUGUUAAGUUUUUCCUUUAUGUUUAGAUUUUAACAUGUCAGAUCUCAGUAAAAAACUGGACAAAAUGCCUCUUAGGGUUAAAGGUCAGACCCCUUUCCUAGUAUAGGACUCAUCUCCCAAAGACAUUUUCUCACCUCCUUUUUUUAACCAAAUGUUUCAAUUGAGAAAGGAAAAAAAAAACACUUAAAAUGUACGUAAUAAAAUCUUCAAAUGUAAGUGAUUAAACAAGUGUCCAUUACUUUUUUAUACUAUACCAAAACAAACGUAUACCUUUGGGUUUAGGGGAAAAUUUCCUUUAAUUUUACAAGAAUGAUUGUAUGAUGGUGGUUAUGCUGUGGGCUGUUGGUGACAGCUGUAAUGGUAGGAAAUGUUGAAUGUUAUUCUGUGAUAUGCAGAUGUAGCAUUCCAUUGUUUGUCCACAUCAAAAGGUUCACCGAAGCUUUGUCCAAAUUCCCUCCCUAUUCCAGAACUACUGAAAGUGCAGGACUAACUGGAUUUUAAAAGGAGUGAGUUGUGAAGGAAUUUGGACAUAGCUAAUGAGAAAAAUGACAACCAAGGAAUAAAAUGACCUUUGACCACUUCAA